UAUAGUGCUGCAUAGUUGCAGCUAAAAGCAGAUAAACACAAAUUUGCUUGAUACUAAAAGAAGCCAUCAAUCCUUCCAAUGGCUGGAAACAGGAGAGAUGUCCUCCAACUCAUGCUUCUGUUGCAAAUAUGGGCUGCAGUUUUAACACUGGCAAAGGCAGUGCGUUCUCUGGAUGAAGAGGUACUAACUCUGACAACUCCGGCGAGCUCAAGGGACUAUCCCAACCCGCCGGCGAGAAGAGAUGUUUAUUCUCAUGGUAAAAUCCAUGACAUCACCCAUUUGAUCAAUCCUAGAAUGCCAAAAUGGGGGAGUCCUGAUGGAAUGGGAAAAGUGGUAACCAUUAUUGACGACAUGAAAAAGGGAGCAGUAGCUUAUACUUCAGAGAUGGAUCUUCCUUCUCACACUGGAACACAUGUUGAUGCUCCAUCUCAUUUUUUUGAAGAAUACUUUGAACGAGGCUUUGACACUAGUACUCUUAGUUUGAAAACUCUCAAUGGUCCAGCGCUGGUAAUUGAUGUUCCUAGAAAUAGUAACAUAACUGCUGAAGUAAUGAAGAACUUGCAAAUUUCUCAAGGAAUACAUCGUGUUCUUUUCAGAACUUUAAACACUGACAGGAAGCUUAUGUACACAAGGAAGUUUCAUUCGGACUAUGUUGGAAUCGUGAAGGAUGGAGCAAGUUGGAUUGUUGAUAACACAAACAUCACGCUUGUUGGCAUUGAUUACUUAUCUAUUGCUACCUAUGACGAUGCCGUUCCGACACAUCAAACUUUAUUGAAAAGCAGGAAAAUUGUAAUUGUGGAGGGGCUAAAACUUAACAAAGUUCCAGCAGGAAUAUAUGAUCUCCAUUGCUUGCCUAUAAAGGUGCUUGGUGCUGAGGGAACACCUGCAAGAUGUAUUCUCAUGUCUUAAAAUUUAUGUGGAAGGACUUUGUUCCUUCAUUAUAGAAAUAAAUUAAGGAGUUGUGUGCCUUUAUUACCAAAUUCGACACAUUACCAACUAUGUGAUAUUAAUAAUACUUUAUAUAUAUGGACUGGCGUAUAAUGCAAGCAUGUUGCUCCAUGCUGGUUCUACUAAUCUCCA